AUGAAGAAGGCACAAGACCAGACAGGGAGAAGCGCAGGGAGCAGGACAAGGACAGGGCUCUCAAGAAAAGCUAAAGAAGCGGAAUCAUCUGGAGCGACCACAGCUACUGCGUCAAAUGGAGCAACUCCUUCAAGUGGAGCCACCACAGACACGUCCACAUGCACGUGGGACUCAGGGACGUCCAUAGCAACGACGAGCAACAGGACGGACACCAGUGGUACGCAGGCCAGCACCGCACAACAAUCCGUUAUAUCCAGGAGUGAAACGGUGGUCGAAAAAGUAGGUCAAAGGACCGAAGAAGCGGCAUCGUCAAGGACAGUAAUCGGGCACACUAGUGAUAAAGGGUCACAGAGAGGUAGUAGGUCAUCGCGAUCGGCGAGGCUGAAAGCCGAAUUAGAGGCGCGGAUUAAAUUCGAACGCUCAGAGCUCGAACGAGCACAGGCAGCUGCUGCCUUAGCCAAGUCUCAAUUGGAGUUGGCACGACUCAACCGAGAAGAGGAAAUCGACUCGAGUGAGGAUGAUGAAGAGCGGAAUACUCAGGUGGAACCUUUCGUAAGGAGUUGGGUUCAGCAAACCAUAAUGAGCGCGCCGGUUAGUGUAGCACAACCCGAUAUUACUGAUAAGGAAGCGUGUAAAGGAUCACGCCGCAAAGGGGCGGAGGUCGAGCGCAACCUAGGAAAUGCACAGAAAACACACGCGAGUGAGGUGUCAGAAUUGACCGAAGCGAUUGUGAGUGCAAUAAAAAUAGCUGGUAAAGAUAAAUCUUCCCAGCUUCAUUUCCUCCAGGAAUUACCGGUGUUCGAUGGAGACCCGGGUGAAUGGAUAAUUUUCAAAACGGUGUUUGAAGACACAAAAGGCCAAUUUUCAGGGGUGCAAAAUGUCGCACGCCUUAGGAGGGCAUUAAAGGGCACCGCUAAAGAGGCGGUUAAGUCGCUGUUAUUUACUUUAUGUGAACCUGAAGAAAUAAUGAACGCUCUCGAAAGAAGAUUCGGUAGGGUUGAGAUGCUCAUUCUAGCCGAAAUCGAGAAUGUAAAGCGUAUGCCAAGAUUGGCAGAAGAUUGCCGAAAUAUAGGAUCUUUUGCAAGUCGUAUUACGAACGUGGUUGCCACAAUACAAGCGUUGAAUCAACCACAGUAUUUAUACUCACCGGAGUUAGUGAGCCGCAUAGUGGAGAAACUUGGAACUAUGAUUAAAUUUAAAUGGUUUGAAUAUCGAGGUCAAUUUCAUUUGGGGCCAGAGUUACAGAAGAUGGCCAAGUUUUUAAAUUUAUUGAGUGAACAAUUUGGAACGUCCUUAAGCAAUGAAAAUGCGCCUGAAAAAAGGAAGCGUCCUGAAUUCAGGAAGCAAACUGUACACACUGCAAAGGGAGGUGUACGCAGCUGUGCCGAGAGCGAGCGCUAUAUGCGCCGAAGUAAUAUGAGCGAGCGUUUAGAACGCCGAAAUAAUAAAAGGCACAACCGACAAGUGGUUAUGAUAACCCAGGACAAGCCUGAGGUUAGAGUGCAAAGCGAAAAAAUGUGGUGUAGAAGGAUGUAG